GUCACGACUCACUCGCAAAACCCUUCCCGCUGCACAUGCUCAGAGGAAUUGGCUCGCCUCAAGACGCUGACACGAUGAAACACCUUAUCCUCGUCGGGGCAUGCUACCUCGACACCAUCCUCAACGUCCCUCGCUACCCGGAGGAAGACGCCAAGCUUCGGGCCACGGGCGUCAAGGUCCGCCGCGGUGGCAACUGCCCCAACUCGCUCGAGGUUCUGCAGCAGCUCCUCGGUGAGCGCGAGCAUCUGCGCCUCUACCUCGUCUCCUGCCUGCCCGACCGCGCCUCUCCGGCGGCUGAGCGCGUCCUGGCGUCGUUUGGUGCCGACUCCAAGGUCGACUUUCGCCAUUGCAUAUACCGUCAAGGCCACGCCGAGGCCGCAAGCAGCUACAUAAUCCGCAGCCACCGGUCCGGCAGCCGCACCAUCGUCAACUACAAUGACCUACCUGAGAUGACCGCGACGGAGUUUGCCCGCAUCGUCGCCAGCUUCGGUCCGGACGGCGACACCUGGUGGCACUUUGAGGUGAGGUCGACAGACACAUGAGGUGGCCCUGGGCAUGGCUCCGCUGACAAGGGCUCGUGUGCCUCGACACCAGGGUCGCAUCCCCGACACGACCAUCGAGUGUGUCCGCCUCUUGCGCCGCUCCCUGCCCUCAGCCACUGUCAGCGUCGAGGUUGAGAAGCCUGGCCGAACUGCCUGGUCGAACUAGCCGCCGAGGCUGACGUCGUCUUCUACUCCCGCUCCUGGGCCGAGGUACGCGAGCGAGCCCGCUGCCCUUGUUCCCCGGGAUUGGUUUACUGAAACACCAACAAUCCCAGAGCCGCGGUCACCAAUCUGCGGACGCAUGUCUCACCAACGAGCAACGACGCCCAGGAUCUUUGGCCUUGUGCACCUGGGGCGCGCAAGGCGCCGCUGCCCUGUCUGAUUCAUCUGGAGGGUGCCUCCGAUGUCCCGUCGAUACGCAACCGGGAGAAAUCCAGGUCGUUGAGUGAGUACCGAGUUGCACAUGUCGCCUGCACCCAUUCUCAUAGCCGUCCACGGCAUGAGUCGCUUGACGAGGUCAUCAAGGCCGGUGCAAGCUCGUAGCUCCGAGCUGACGUACCUGCUGACCUCGUGGAACAGUGCGAUAGGGGCUGGCGACACCUUCAAUGCGGGGAUGCUGUAUGGCUUGGCGUGUCGGACGACCUCGCAGCCCCUCCCAGAAAUCUUGGCUUUCGCUGUGAGACUCGCCACACUCAAGGUCCAGCGUGAAGGCUUCGACAACCUCGCCGCAGACCUUGAGGCAAAUCGCCGUGUUCUGUAACCCGAGCCUCCGCGAGAUAGGGCCUGGCUUCCUCUCCCACUGGUGCUGAGACUUGCGGAUUGAAAAAGCCUCGGCCGUCCAUGCUGCUCACAGCACCGCCCGGCUGUAUUGAUAAGGAAACGGCUGCAUGAGGCGAGAGCCAGAUUCUUGAAGAUCUGGCGUCUCGCCCUCCACGGUAUCGGUCUUGACGACGAGAGAGCCGCCAGCUUCUGCGAUAACUCGGAAACCAUCACGAGGCGUCAGGCGUCACGACCAGCAGAACAUUCCGUGACUGGGUAACCAAACAUGCGCCCAACCUCGCAAGUCGCUUCGUCCCGAACUCUGUCCCUCUAUCAGCCACGCCGCGCAGCUUCCGGGAUCUUGGCGAAUUGUAGGGUUGCAACUGGCCGGGGGCUUCAGUAUCUGCACGCUCUGUCCUGCAGUCAUGGCGCCUGGGAAUGUCGCGCACAGCACUUUGGCCAGACGACGUUUCGCGGCUUAGGGCGACCGAGACUACCCACGGAGAGGGGCUGUCACAGGCUCUUGCGAAACCCUGGCAUGCAGAAGCACUUGUGUCUGCUGUCUGCCGAAGAAGCUGCACAGCAGUCACUUGACGUCUUGCAGGGCCGGCACAAGGGUCUGCCUCGGCCGCCGCGAAUCUGUCUUGCUGCCAGUGUAUCCAGCUCUUCCACUUGUGCGUCAAGUCUCCUUCCUCGGCGCCCCAGGCCAGGACUCGCGUCGGAAUUGACGUCCUUGGUCUGAGUGAUAUGCCGGGGAGUAAGUUAAUAUGGUCACUCGUUUCCGCCAGGCUCCCUGGCGAGGAGUGGACAUGGGGUCUUGGUUCUCGCUCGAUAUGCAACAAGGCAUGACGCGAAAUCGCAAAGUGAGGACAAGUCGGGCGUUACAAACGGCAUCACGUUUCUUUGUUUAGGCACACUCUCUCCGGCCCGCGUCCGACAUGCAUCAUCGGCAAUGGUUCGUGGGCACUUGUCGCCGCACCACCGUGCCGCAAAUAUCUUUUCGGUUUCGGCCGCCCGUACUUUGUAGCGUACUUUGCUGAUGGCAUGAUGGGGCUGCUGUCGCCGCCCAAUCGCAAAGGAGGGGGCGUUGUCAUAUGGACCUCCACAGCCCCCGUGUGCCGUCCUUCUUCCAUCAGAGAAUCGUCGUCGACCAGGGGCGGCAGGUCGUGACUGACUCUUUGGGGGCGCCAGAGAAUAUCCCGCUGUUCGGUCACGUCUGCUUGGCUGAACGCAGGUGAUCAAGACACUGAGAUGCUCGUUGCGGGUUUGACACCAGGCAUGCACGUAACUAAUCUCGACACGAGUCACCAACUCCCCUGCCGUAACUUCACUCCACCCCCACGCCUGGACGGACGCCAUGGGAGAUCCGUACGUGCUUUCAGCAACGCCACUCGGGGACACCGCACAAGGAAAAUGUGAGUUGGGCAGAGUGAAAAUGCAGUACUGCACUUCUUAAGUACAGUAACAACACACUCCUGGGCAAGCAUGAGACGACGACUUCCGGACGAGGUACGUACAACUUACGAGGAGUACAUGCGUCGUGGAGCGGCUUGAUGUACUAGGUCCCCCAUAUCUUGGACCUCCAAUCCUUGUUGGACAAGGCAGGAGUCUGUCGAGCGCAACGUGACCGAGAUCGCUGCGGGCUCAGCUCCGGUCGACGUGGGUAUGCUACGCCCCAUGCCCACCGAUAUGAGUCUAGUUUUGGCCGUCCCUGUUUCCUCACCCUCAACGCGGAGAAUCAGGUCCCAACUCACGAAGCCUUGCGAGGGUGGAGGGCCCUGGCGCCGGGCCUUUGGGCCGUGUUCAGCCAAUAACGGCGUCGUGGUGCAGUCAGCGAGCAAGGAGGGGUGACGGAUGGAGGUGUGCGUUGAUGGAACCACAGGGAUGGACUCCAAUGGCCCCUGCAAGAGCGUCAAGGUUCAGCUGCAUUUUGCAGCAUUAUCGUUGUUGGCACAGCGCAGCCUGGAUGCCUGUCGUCCUUGAGCAGAGCCCAGGGCAUCGCGGUUGCUUGCUUGUGCGUCAAGAACCGGGACUGGACACGAAAAUGCCAGCUCCCAUCAAAUCAAAUCACUUCGUCU